CUCUGGCCCUCCAAGAUAUCCAAUCGGCAUGGGGGCAGAAUUUCAACGGCUGGGGUGACUCCAGUCCCGACUGCAGCACAACCGACUUUAUUGUCUGCGACGAAAACGGGAUGAUCACGGAGAUGAACAUCUAUGGUGUCACACUAGGAGCGGCCAUUCCCAGUUCCAUCACCAAGCUCCAGACCCUCACAAAGCUGUCCCUUACUCAGACCGAGCUCACCGGUUCACUGCCCACGGCACUUGCAUCAAUCAUGACCCUCGCUAGUCUGGACCUGUCCCGCAAUCAGUUUUCAGGGCCCAUCCCUCCAGCACUUGGCAGCUUGACAGGUCUUCUCACACUAUCUCUAGAUUACAACCAGCUCACUGAGCCUAUUCCUACAGCAAUAGGCCUUCUGACAAAUCUGGAAACACUAAGUCUUGGUACCAAUCAGCUGAGCGGACCACUCCCUGCAGCAAUUAGCUCUCUCAAGAACCUGAAAAAUCUGUAUUUGUGGGGUAAUCAGCUUACUGACACUAUUCCCUCUACACUGAGCGCCCUUACAAGCCUUGAAUUUCUGCAAUUAGGUGGCAAUAGUUUCACAGGCUCGAUACCUGGAGAACUUGGAAGCCUUGUCAAGAUGACAUGGCUAGGUCUCGGUGACAAUCAACUCAAUGGUUCACUACCAACCACCUUCAGCAGUCUUACAAGUUUAAUGUUCCUCCAUUUAUACAACACCCAGAUCACAGGCUCUAUUCCCACUGAAGUCGGCUCUAUUCAGAGCCUGGUAGUCCUUUAUAUCCAGAAUAACAAGCUCACUGGUACAAUCCCUGCAGCACUGAGCUCUCUUACGAACAUGAUGGGCCUCGAACUUGGCGACAAUCAGCUGACUGGACCCAUCCCCAAUGAGCUAUUUUCACUUCCAAAUAUGCUUUUAAUGAGCCUUGAUGGCAAUCAGCUCAAUGGAUCAAUCCCAGAUCCGGCCACUUCUUUUACAAACUUGUGGGGCCUGGGUCUUAAACGCAACCAGCUUGCAGGCUCAAUCCCCGCAUCCUUUAGCAUUCUUACAAACCUUGCAAGCAUUGACUUGUCUUCCAACCAGCUCUCAGGCAGCAUACUUGCCGGUUUCAGUGCAAUCAAGCAGCUGCGGUUUCUGAGACUUCAUAACAAUAGCCUCACAGGCUCAAUGCCUAGUGAACUCGGCCUUCUCACAGACAUGAGACACCUUGAACUUUCAUUCAACCAGUUGUCAGGCAGCAUCCCUGACAGCUUCAGUCGCUUUUCCAUGCUACAAUCCUUAAUUCUCAACAACAAUAUGAUCAGUGGUUCAAUACCUGCGACCAUCAGCACCUUAACAAGACUGCUUGCAUUGCGUCUCUAUAAUAACAGGCUCUCUGGCUCAAUCCCUUCUGCAUUCGGCUCUCUUAAAAACAUUUCCAUCGUGAACUUUUCCAAUAAUCAGCUCAAUGGCUCACUCCUUGAAGCAAUCGGGUCCUUCACUGGCAUAAAAGAGCUAGAUCUUUCGUCCAACCAAUUCUCAGGCACCAUACCUGCUAGUUUCAGUGAUUUGACCAUUCUAGAAAACUUGCGUCUAGACAACAAUCGGUUCACUGACUCUAUCCCUGCUGGCUUUUCAUCCCUGAUAGUCUUGACGACACUGUCUCUGAAGAAGAAUGCCCUCAAUGGUACAAUUCCUGCAAGUAUCGCCUUGUUCACCUUCUUAGAAAAUCUAUAUCUUGGUGGGAACCAGUUCACUGGCUCGAUUGCAGAUGCAUUUACUGCUCUCACAAACCUCAGAGAGCUUGACCUCUCAUCCAACCAGCUCUCAGGCAUCAUCCCCACUAGGUUCACUGCUCUCACGGAACUGCGAAUCUUAAAUUUGGCUGUCAAUCAACUCACAGGCUCAAUCCCUGCUGAAAUUUUCUCACUUCCACGACUGGAAGAUCUGAGUCUCCAUUACAACCAGCUCAUCGGCUCUAUCCCUAAUGUUAUAGCAGCAACGACUUUGACGUUCCUGUCUCUAGGUUACAAUAAGCUCACUGGCUCAAUUCCUACUGCUGUUGGAACCCUUACAAGAUUGUCAACCCUUGAUCUUUCUUCCAACGAGCUACCAGGCGCCAUUCCAUCUAGCUUUUCAGCACUCACUCAACUGCAACACUUGAACCUCAACUACAUUCAAAUCACUGGGGCUAUCCCUACCGGCAUAUUUUCACUGACACCUUUGAAAGAGCUGUCUCUAAGGGGCAAUCAGCUGAAUGACUCGAUCCUCUCAGCAAUCAGCUCCCUUACAAACCUGGAAAUUCUAGACCUUUCUCGCAACCAGUUCUCUGGGCCCAUCCCUACAUCCCUUGCCAAUUUGAGGCAGCUGUUGAGACU